GUUCGGACUUCUUGCUACUUUCGCCAAUUCUUCUUGCCCGGACUGGAAACCCUGGCAUUUAAUAUACCGUCAAGAGUCCCGACGUAUGAGGUAGAGCAAUUGAUUGAUGCUCUUCCCGCGGAAGCGUCUGGCCUGCGGCAACUGUCGAUAAUGACGGCCCAGGGUCUCUCGGCCUGUCGUUUUGUGAUACCAAAGCUACCAAAGUUGAUUCGACUGUCUAUGCGCGCAUUCGACAUGAGCCUGAUGACGCAGAACAUUGCCAAUAUCCAGCAUUCGCGCUGUCUCCAAAGCCUGACACUUACUUUGCACGGACUAUCUGAUAUGGAAAACCAACUAUCAGGUAAUAUGCCACUCGAAUUGAGUACCCUCAAACGCCUCUUUCUCCGUGGCCCUGGCUUGCAAAAUUGCACAUCCUUCCUUCUUCAAGUUGCCACCCCACAAUUAUCAGUCAUCGAGAUUGGCACGUACCGUACAUCUGCCAACCCAGAAGAAAUCACCGCGUUCAUCGAAUCCCUAUCCACGUCUUGCCAAACAUUUGGAUCCCUGGAAAAGAUUUCUGUGGUCGACUGUUCGCCCGGCCAGUGGUGGGAGCACGAGUCUCAAAGCGAACUCCAUUCUCGGAUUUUCCGGCCUUUGCUCCGGUUCAGAAGGCUGUCGACUGUCGAGUUUGUUGACAUUGGAAAAUUCCGCCUUGACGACGCGUUCAUCGAGGACGUUGCAGCUGCUUGGCCGUAUCUUCGUGUACUGAAGUUCGUCUCAGAGAAAGUCAGCGAUUGCGACGUCACCUUUACCGCAAUGCUUUCAUUGGCGUCAAGGUGCAAGUUGCUGCGUUGCCUACAAUUAACGUUCGAUGCCACACAUUUUCCGACACUUCCCUGUGCGCCGGAUGGGACCCGGGAACUUUGGACCACGCAAACAGCCCUCAGCGAGCUGCAUGUCGGACGCUCGAAGGUGUCGGCAGGGUCACAAUUCCACCUCUUCCUAGCUGUGGUGUUUCCAAAUCUAGUUGAUCUCUCCCGGUAUCAUUCGGCGUAUCGUUUGGCCGAUGGCAUUGUAUGGCGCCAAUUAAAAGAAGCAUGGGAACAACUGGCGAUCCAUCUGGAAAACAUUUCCUGCCGUGCCAGCCUCCUGGCAGAACUGCCUAGUGCAACUACAGCCUUAGGUGGAGGAGGACCAAGCGAGGGAUGAGGACCAAGCGGGGGAUGAGGAAUGGG